AUUACCGUUCUCGAUUAUCGUCACCGUCGAGAAGAGCAUCGGAGGAGGAGCUUAAUCACUCCAGAGAACAACGAUGUCCGGCCUCUCUCUCGCCGUCCGGCAGUGCCCCGACCACGAAUCCACUGCGGGGUCGGCUGACGAAAAGACACCGGCGGUGGCGAGCAAGCGUCAGGGACAGGCUGUCGUCGGCGGCGCGAUGGGUUCCCUCCGCGUGAUCGAGAUCCAGCUCGUGGCCUUCGUCGUGGUCUUCUCCGCCAGCGGCCUCGUGCCCCUCAUCGACCUCGCCUUCCCGGCGUUCGCCACGCUCUACGUCCUCGCCCUCUCCCGCUUCGCCUUUCCCGCCGUCGGUUCCGGCGGUGGACGCGAGCUCUUCCGAGGCAGCCGGGCGUUCCGCGCCUACGUGGUGGCGGGGACCACCGUGGGGCUGUUCCUGCCGCUGGCGUACGUGCUCGGGGGCUUCGCGCGGGGCGACGACCACGCCGUGCGCGCCGCCGCGCCGCACCUCUUCCUCCUCUCCUGCCAGAUCCUGACGGAGAACGUCGUCAGCGGGAUGGAGAUAUUCUCGCCGCCAGUUCGCGCCAUCGUGGUGCUCCUCUACACCGUCCGCAGAGUCUUCAUCAUCGUCGACUGGAUCUACAUCGUCUGGGCCAGCAAAACGCUGCCGCUCAAUGCAUCCGUCGACGAUGUGGCGUGGAUAUGGUUCGGGAGGGUGCUGUCAACGGCUAAUCUCCUCUAUUUCUCCAUUAACCUGUUUGCUUUCUUGAUCCCGCGGUUUCUGCCGACUGCGUUCGAGAAGUACUUCAAGGAAAGGGAGGAGAUCGACGCGAAGGCGGUGGAAGACAAGAAAGGAGACUGAUUGUGUUGCAUGUUUAAUUUUGAUACGAGUGAAUUUAAUGUGGCUGUUUUCAGCAACU